AUCUGGAGUAUAUAAUUCAUAUACAGUUAGUAUAUGGAGUAUAUAUUUUCAGAUUAACUUUGUUGCUUCUAAAUUAUGCACUGUUAAUUAACAAAUAAAAGUCUUGGCCUUCUGUGAAUGGCACACAAAACAACACAAAAUCACCAAAUUUUUUUUUUUUUUUUUUAGAAAUUAAAAUCACCAUCUUCCAAACAACUGAUUCAUUAGCAAAAACAUUUGAGAAAAAGAAAAAGAAUAAAAGAAAGAGAAAGAGAAAGAGAAAGAGAAAGAGAAAGUGAAAGGGAAAGAAAUAAAGAAGGAAGACCUUGAGUCAACUAAAGUUGUUGUAGUUGUACGGAAGAUAAAGAGACGAUCGAUCAUCGUUAUCUUUGGGUCUAAAAAAAAAGAAUUUAUUAAUUUUCUUCUGUCACCUUUUCCCAAGCUUUCUGAUUCCUCGUUUGAUUUUGGGUUUGCUUUCUCCAUGGGUAAAAGAGCAUUGGAUUGGAGAAUAUAUAAAUAUAUAUAUAUAUGUGUGAUAUAUACACACAUAUAUACGGAAAGUGGUGGUACUGGAGAUUCCUAUAUACAUUAUUUACUCUUUCCUUUCACUUCCUUCCUUCAUAACUAAGAAACCCAUUUCUCUCUCUUACAAUCUGUAGCUGCACUCUCUCUCUAGACAUCUGUUUGACGGAAUUGAAGGUUUAAAGGGUGGAAAGUAAAAUGGGGUUUUGUUAUUGUGAUCAUUUCAGAUAAGCAUAUAUAUCAAGUUUGAGAAAAGGGAACAGAGAGAGUAAGAAAAAUAGCGAUGGAGAGGGUUUCUUUGUCUAAUAAGAGAAAAGGGCCCAAAGAAGAGUUAACCGAUUUGGUGUUUUCAUGGUCUCUUGAAGAUAUUAACAAUGAGGAUCUGUACAAAAACCAGGUGGAGAAGAUUCCUGUAUCAUUUCAAUCUGAGGAGAAUUAUCUUGGUUCAUAUGUUUUUCCUUUACUGGAAGAAACACGAGCAGAACUGGCUUCCAGUAUGGAAAUUCUAUACAGAGCACCUUUUGCUGAAGUUAUCUCUUUUACAGAGUUCAAGGUCCGUGGAAAAUUACUAUAUGAUGUCAAGGUUGAUUACUGGAGAAACAGAUUUAAUGAUCGUGCCAAAGAGCCUUACAGAACGUUGCCUGGAGAUAUUUUUGUCAUCUCAGAUGUGAAACCUGUGACCAUUUCUGAUUUACAACGGGUGGGAAGGACCUGGACUUUUGCAUCAGUCACUAACAUCACAGAGGAUGAGAAUGAAGAUGAUAGCACAACUACUCAUUUUAGAAUCAAAGCAUCAAAAGACAUUGAAGUGGGGAUGUGGAAGUCCAUGUUUGUGGUUUUCUUGAUGAAUAUAACAACAAGCAAAAGAAUAUGGAAUACGUUGCACAUGUUUACAAAUAUGAAGAUUAUCAAGAAUAUCCUGGGCACUGAAUCCGUGGUUGAGGAAAAUUGUGAUCGUUGUUCUCUAAAUAACAACAAUAGCCAGUUAUCUGAAAUAUUCAGUACGAGACUUUUGUCUAAGCUGAAUGAAUCUCAAACCGAGGCAAUCAUGGCUUCUCUCCAGAAAAUGGAAUGUAUCCACAAGACUUCAGUGAAACUUAUAUGGGGCCCACCUGGAACAGGGAAAACUAUGACUGUCAGUGUGAUGCUGUUUAGCCUCUUAAGACUGAACCACAGGAUCCUUACUUGUGCCCCAACAAAUGUAGCAAUAAAGGAAGUAGCCUCUCGGGUGCUAAAGAUGGUUAAAGAAUCAUUUGAAGCUGAAUCUGAAAGGGAUUCUUUGUUUUGUUCAUUGGGGGAUAUUUUAUUAUUUGGGAAUGACGGCCGGCUAAAAAUCGGAUCAGACAUUGAGGAGAUCUAUCUGGAAUAUCGUGUUAAAAGGCUUGUAGAGUGCUUAGGACCAUUAACCGGUUGGAAGCAUUGUUUAAAUUCCAUGAUAGAUUUUCUUGAAGAUUGUGUUUCUCACUACCAUAUUUUUGUGGAAAAUGAAUUGAUCAAGACCAAAGAACUCCACGAAGAAGGUGAACCUACGGAGGUGGAAUUCAAAUCAUUUCUUGAGUUUGCAAGAGACCGAUUCAAAUCUACUGCAUCGCCACUCAGGAGAUGUUUAUUUAUAUUCUGUACCCAUUUACCAAAGCAUUACAUUCUGGAACAUAAUUUUCAAAACAUGGUAUCUCUUAUUAAUGUACUUGAUUCGUUGGAAAUGUUGUUCUUUCAAGAAAAUGUGGUUUCUGAAGAAUUGGAGGAGCUUCUUUCACGUCAGGAAACAGUUGAAGACACUUCUGAGUCUUUUGUGGAUACGUCAUUACUGCUGUGCAUAAGACGAAGCAAGUGUCUUUUGAGAACUCUUCGGCUUUCUCUCGAGGAACUCAACCUUCCAAGUGUUAUGAACAGAGAUUCAGUAAUGGAAUUUUGUUUUCGAACAGCUUCCUUAAUUUUCUGCACUGCUUCGAGUUCAUAUAAGCUUCAUCAGGUGGAAAUGGAACCACUGAACUUGCUGGUUAUUGACGAAGCUGCCCAGCUGAAGGAGUGUGAAUCAACCAUACCCCUUCAACUUCCGGGUAUGAGGCACGCUAUUCUCAUUGGUGAUGAGCGCCAAUUACCAGCAAUGGUCAAGAGUGAAGUUUCUGGUGAUGCUGGAUUUGGAAGAAGCUUGUUCGAAAGAUUGAGUUCAUCCAGUCAUCCUAAGCAUCUGCUUAAUAUACAAUAUAGAAUGCAUACGAAAAUUAGUUUCUUCCCUAAUUUAAAUUUUUAUCACAAAUGGAUCUUGGAUGCACCAAAUGUUAAAAGUAAAAGUUACGAGAGACACUAUCUUCCAGGGCCAAUGUUUGGUCCUUACUCUUUCAUAAAUGUUAUUGGUGGAAAAGAAGAACUGGAUGAUGAUGGACAUAGCCGAAGAAAUAUGGUUGAGGUUGCUAUUAUUUUGAAGAUAGUGCAGCAUCUGUACAAAGCUUGGAAUGGCUCUGAAAAGAAGCUUAGCAUUGGUGUGGUGUCUCCCUAUGCUGCUCAAGUUGUGGCGAUUCAAGAAAAACUUGGACGGAAGUAUGAGAACCUUGAUGGUUUCAUGGUGAAGGUGAAGUCUAUUGAUGGCUUUCAGGGUGGAGAGGAAGAUAUCAUAAUAAUAUCUACUGUAAGAACUAAUAGUAAAGGAUUCAUCGGGUUCAUAUCCAGUCCUCAAAGAACUAACGUUGCUUUGACUAGAGCUCGGCACUGCCUUUGGGUUCUUGGAAAUGAGAAAACCCUAUCGAACAGUGGAUCAGUUUGGGCAAAAUUAGUCCAAGAUGCUAAGGAUCGACAAUGUUUCUUUAAUGCUGAUGAAGACGAUGAUAUGGCCAAAACCAUAUUAGAUGUGAAGAAGGAACUUGAUCAACUUGAUGAUUUGCUUAAUGGGGACAGUAUACUUUUUAAAAGUGCAAGGUGGAAGGUUCUUUUUAGUGAUCAAUUUAGAAAGUCAUUUGGAAAAUUGAUGUCUGUUCGUACAAAGAAGUCUGUUAUGAACCUUUUACUGAAGCUAUCUAGUGGUUGGCGACCUAAGAGAAGGAAUGUGGACUCAGUUUGUGAAAGCUCUUCCCAGAUCGUUAAACAAUUCAAGGUUGAAGGGCUCUAUGUUGUAUGCACGAUUGACAUAGUGAAGGAAUCUAGGUACAUCCAAGUUUUGAAGGUUUGGGACAUAUUGCCUUUAGAGGAGAUCUCGAAAUUGGUGAAACGUCUUGAUAGCAUAUUUGCAAUAUACACCGAUGAUUUUAUCAAUCGCUGCAAGGAGAAAUGUCUUGAGGGGGACUUUGAAAUUCCAAAGAGUUGGGUGACCUCUUAUGACAUUGCCCGGUUUAAGAAUAUUUGCAACAAUGAAUUUGGGAGUGAGUCAAGUGUUGCUGCUGUUGAUGGUAGAAGUUAUGUUGAGAAUUCAAAGGUUAGUGAAAGCUUGUUGCUGAUGAAAUUCUACUCAUUGUCAUCUGGUGUUGUGAGUCACCUGCUUUCUGGCUGCGAUGGUGGGGAACUGGAUCUCCCCUUUGAAGUAACAGAUCAGGAGAUGGAAAUUAUUCUCUUUAGUAAAAGCACCUUUAUAGUUGGACGGUCAGGCACUGGAAAAACUACUGUUUUGACCAUGAAAUUAUUUCAAAAGGAGCAACAGCACCAUAUGUCUACAGAUGGAUUUUAUGUAGUUGAGAGCAGUGCCUCUAAGAGUUCUACCCAGAUAAACGAGUUUAGUGAGUGCAUCGGAGAGACUAAGGGAACUGCAUUUCGCCAGCUAUUUGUUACAGUUAGUCCAAAAUUGUGUUAUGCUAUCAAACAACAUGUUUCACAGCUGAAAAGCUUCGCCCAUGGUGGGAAUUUUUCAGCAGAAAACAGUUCAAUUGAUAUGGAUGAUAUGGAAGAAUUUAAAGAUAUCCCAGAUUCUUUUGUUGGAAUUCCUCCUAACAAAUAUCCCCUUGUCAUAACGUUUCAUAAGUUCUUAAUGAUGCUUGAUGGAACAUUGGGUAAUUCUUACUUUGAAAGAUUCAGUGAUGUAAGGGAUUUUUCUCAUCGUAAAAUUGGAACUUCAAGAUCAGUUGCUUUGCAGACUUUCAUAAGAAUGAAUGAAGUUAACUAUGACAGAUUCUGUUCAUUUUACUGGCCCCAUUUCAAUACCAAGCUAACAAAGAAGCUUGAUCCUGCUGUAGUGUUUACUGAGAUAAUUUCCCAUAUAAAAGGUGGCCUGCAGGCAGGGGGAACCCUUGAUGGUAAACUUAGUAGAGAGAAUUAUGUUUUACUCUCUGAGGGUCGGGUGUCCACUUUGAGCAAGCAGAAGAGAGAGGUAAUCUAUGAUAUUUUUCAAGAUUAUGAAAAAAUGAAGAUGGAAAAGGGAGAAUUUGAUAUAGAAGAUUUAGUAAUUGAUCUUCAUCAUCGACUACAAAAGGAAAGGUUUGAGGGUGAUGAAAUGGAUUUUGUUUAUAUUGAUGAAGUGCAAGAUCUUACCAUGAGACAAAUUGCUCUUUUCAAAAAUGUUUGCAGAAAUGUUGAUGAAGGCUUUGUUUUUUCGGGUGACACAGCACAAACUAUUGCAAGGGGGAUUGAUUUUAGAUUCCAAGAAAUACGACAUUUGUUCUACGAUGAGUUCAUAUCAAAAUCAAGAAGUAAUGGAUCUGAUGGAAAAAAAGAGAAGGGACAAAUAUCACAAAUUUUCAACCUGACUCAAAACUUUCGUACCCAUGAUGGUGUACUCAAAUUAGCACAAAGCGUGAUUGAGCUUCUUUACCGUUUCUUUCCUCAAUCUAUUGAUGUUCUCAAACCUGAGACCAGUCUUAUAUAUGGUGAAGCACCAAUUUUACUCGAGUCUGGGAAUAAUGAAAGUGCAAUUGUUACUAUUUUUGGAAACAGUGGAAAUGCUGGUGGCAACAUUGUAGGAUUUGGUGCUGAGCAGGUCAUAUUAGUACGUGAUGAUCAUGCUAGGAAGGAAAUUUCUGACUUUGUGGGAAAGCAAGCUCUUGUUCUGACUAUAGUGGAGUGCAAGGGCCUGGAGUUUCAGGAUGUAUUGCUGUACAACUUUUUUGGGUCAUCCCCACUGAAAAAUCAGUGGAGAGUAAUAUAUGAAUUUAUGAAGGAACAAGAUAUGCUUGAUGCUACUUCUUCCAAAAAUCCAAAAUUUAGCGAGACAAAACACAGUAUCUUGUGUUCUGAACUGAAGCAACUGUAUGUAGCUAUCACACGCACAAGGCAAAGGUUAUGGAUUUGUGAGAACAUUGAUGAACUAUCCAAGCCUAUGUUUGAUUAUUGGAAGACAUUGUGCCUGGUCCAAGUGAAGCAACUUGAUGAUUCACUCGCACAGGCAAUGCAAGUUGCAAGCAGCCCAGAGGAGUGGAAGUCACGGGGUAUAAAGCUCUUUUGGGAAAAUAACUAUGAGAUGGCAACAAUGUGCUUCGAAAGAGCUGGAGACACAAUGUGGGAGAAAAGGGCCAAGGCUACUGGCCUAAAAGCAGCAGCUGACCGGUUGCGUGGUUCAAAUCCUGAAAUGGCUUCUACUGUCCUUAGGGAGGCUGCUGAAAUAUUUGAUUCUAUUGGCAGGGCUGAGUCUGCGGCAGAAUGUUUUUGUGAUUUGGGGGAAUAUGAAAGAGCAGGUAGAAUUUAUUUGGAAAAAUGUGGGGAAUCCGAGCUAAAGAAAGCUGGUGAAUGUUUUUCUCUAGCAGAAUGCUAUUUGCGUUCAGCUGAAGUGUAUGCUAAGGGAAAUUAUUUUUCCGAGUGCUUAUCAGUUUGCACCAAAGGAAAAUUAUUGGACAUGGGUCUGCAAUACAUCCAAUACUGGAAACAACAUAUUCCUAUGCAUGGUGAUAUGGUCACAAGAUGUAGUGAAAUAGAAAAAAUUGAACAAGAGUUUCUGGAGAGUUGCGCACUUAACUAUUAUGAGGCUAAAGAUAACAAGUCCAUGAUGAAAUUUGUUAGAGCUUUUCAUUCAAUGGAUUUGAGGCGCAAUUUCUUGAAGUCUUUGGAUUGCCUUGAUGAGCUCUUUUUGUUGGAAGAAGAAUCAGGAAACUUUUUGGAGGCUGCAGAGAUUGCAAAGCUGAGAGGAAAUCUUCUACUGGAGGCUGAUCUGCUAGGGAAGGCUGGACAUUUUGGUGAUGCAUCAUUGCUCAUGCUCUGCUAUGUGUUUUCCAACUCACUAUGGAUUUCUGGAGGCAAGGGUUGGCCAUUGAAGCAGUUUGCGCAAAAGAAAGAACUCUUAGCAAAUGCCAAAUUGUUAGCAAAGAAAGAAUCAUAUGCUUUCUCUGAAUCCUAUGUCUUCUAUGAAACUGUUUGUACCGAGGUUGACAUUUUAUCGAAUGAACAGAGUAAGUUGUUUGAAUUGAAUCAGCAUUUCAAUGCCUCCCAACGACAGAAAAGCCUCAGGGGCGAAAUUUUAUCGGUUCGAAAAAUUCUAGAUGCUCAUUUUCAUUUCAAUACCUUAAAGUAUGCGUGGGAAGAGGAAUUGAUAGUGGAUCUGUUAAAGCAUUCAGAAGAAAAAAUUUCCCAGAACCAGGUGUCUGUUGAAACACUGGUUUACUUUUGGAGUUUGUGGAAAGAGUACGUUGUAAAUAUCAUGGAAUAUCUUGGGUGUCUUGAAACCCAAAAUGUUAGUAAAUAUCAAGGUUAUGGUGAGUUCUGUUUGAAUUAUUUUGGUGUGCGAAGACAGUUCAAUAAUCUGAAUAUAACUUAUGUUUUGACGAACUCUGAUGCUGAUUGGGUUAGAGAACUUGAUGACAGAUGUCUCCGAAUUAGUGGAAAGUUGGUAUCUGUAGAUGUUCGCCAGUUUGUCUCAGCUGCUCGGACUCAUUGGCGUACAGAAUUACUUGCUGUUGGAAUGAAGGUUUUGGAAACUCUUGAAGCCCUCUAUAAGUUCUCAGCCAGGAAUUCCUCACCUGUGUUUUGCCAAAGCAUAUGUCUCAUUCAUAUAUUUGAGGUUACAAAGUUUCUCCUACAGUUCAAGUUUCGUGAUACUAAGAAAUUGCAGACUUUUCUUGAACUAUCUACUGAGUACUUCCAAAAAGUGUUUCCUUUUGACUGGAGAAAAUCAUUGGCAGAAAAUAUGAUUUCUCUGAGGGGAACUGAGCUUUCAUGGAAGUUGCUUGAAGAAUUUAUUCGUGGGAACUUCAAAGGUAAACUGACAUAUGGACAAAUAGGGAGGGUGGUAAUGGUGUGGCUUGGAUCUAAAAAGCCAGCUGAUGUACUAUGCGAGGAGUUUGUGAAAAGGUUUGACAGGAAUUCAUCAUGGAGGGUAUUCGCUGAGAAUCUCAGAGGGAAAGAAGAUCCAGAAUCUCUACUGUGGUCACUUUCCAGCAUUUCUGUUGAGGCUCUAAGCAGGGUUUCUUUGGUUCACCAAUUCCAUAAAGCCAUGGAAGAUACUUUUAAUGCUAAUUGGAGGAAAGAAUCUGACUAUAUAUCACCUAGUUGUUUCUUGUAUCUUGUUGAGCACCUUCUGAUCUCGGUUUGUUACUUGCGAGGAUACUUUCUCACAACAAAGUCUUCAUUUAUUGAGUGGCUUUUUUAUCAGCAACCAAAUUCCAACCCCAGUGCCAAUUCAGUAGCUGAUAUGCAAUCCUCUCUGAGCGGCAUAUUCGAUUUUGUGGCCUGCAUCCUCCAGCAAUUUCUUUAUAAUAAGAUAGAAACGGCAGAUUGGAUCAAAAAAUCGAAUAUUAAUUUUAAUUUCUACUAUCCACUGCUGGUGCUGAAACUCGUCGUGAUAUUGUGUUUGCUUUGUGUGAAUUCUGGGAAGUAUCUUGAAUUGCUUUCUGUUUUGCUGGGGAGGAAUGAUAUUACUUCAAUGCUACCAAGGGAAUUCUUUACUAUCCUUAAGAGAAUGAGAAAGCGUAAUUACAUAGAAGUAAAUACAAGUCUUCUUGCAGAUGCAUUUAAAAAGAUAGAGGACCCUCUUGUGAUAGUGAGAUUGGGAAAAGAUUGUUCAGAGUUUAUCUCCCCUAAUGCCAUUUAUGUGGACAUGAGUGGUACGCAAUGCAAAGAGGAUAUCAUGAGAGUGUUGUUUCCCCAGAAUACCAAAGCUCCCCAAGGUAAAAAGGUUGCUGUUGGAGAGAAUUCAACUAAUUCCAUGGAAUAUCGGAGCACAAACAUUGAGAAGGGAAAAGGAGACAGCCUGCAAACCGAUUGGGGGCUUUUUUGGGAAAUUUCUGAUAGUUUAAAGUUUGUGGAUGAGAAAAGAGAGGGAAUUUUGAUGAAAUGUAUGUUCCCGAAGAUGAAGGUGGAGGUGGAGAAAAAUAUCGACAUCUUCACUGCUGCAAUGAGCCGAUCUAAGAGGAAACCUUGUGAUGAAAAUGGAGUAGUCUUUGGUGAAGUAAAUAGCAUGCUUGGUGAACUGAAACAGCUUUCUUCAGCUUUGGAUACGAGUGACCAACACCCUGAGAAACUCAAUUCAAAAGUUUUUGAACUUUUGAAUAAGUUGCAGUUAAGGCGGCCGUUACUUGAGAGUUUCUUUAAUCAGCUACUUGCAGAUGAAGACACAAAUGCCAUGAGUGAGGCACCAGAGAGCAGCAUCGUGUCUGAAGCCCUAUAUGACAGCAAGGCUGAGGGAACUAGCAACUCUAACGAAGACGAUAUGAAGGCUUCAGAGGCUACUGUUUCCUCUGAAGCACAAAGCAAUAGCAAUCCUCGCGAUACUGAAAGAAACAAGGGGAAGGGAAACAACAAAUCCAAGAAAGGCAGAAAGGGAAACAGUAAGUCCAAGAAAGGCAAAAAAUGAAUAGCUAUGCACUGUCAAAAUCUUAAGGGGAUAUAUAUUACUAAGUUGGUACUCUUCUGUAUGUAAAUGUUACAAUUGUGAAUUGAUAGACUACUAUAAAUAUAAACUGGUAGAUUAUCAAUAGGUGAUUGAAAGGGAAUUGCAAAAACUGCAACUUAAGGUGGCCAUGAUUGUUGUAUGGUAUUUUUGAAUCAAUACAAAAGCUGCUGCCAUAGAUAUUUUUGUUCA